UGGUGUUUGAGCUUUUCGCCAGAGUUUCCAAGACAACUGUUUCUCCAUCCACGUCUCUUAUCUGGCGGGUCAACCAAUGUUUGCGCCCAUACGUAUCGAUUUAUCAACCUCAGUGUGCACACGAGAGAUAUAUCCAUAUAAAAUGUCGAUGGCUGUGCUGUUUGAGGACAAUCCAGCUUGCCUUGCGUGAGAUUCGUGCUCCUUCCAGACGCUCUUGAUUAAUAACUCCCUCUUUUGCCCCACAUGUGGAAGGAGCAGUUGCACGGUCACCUGUUUUUGUUGUUGUUGCUGCUGCUGCUGCUGUUGGGGUCAGACACAGGUGGAUGCCAGGUAAACCUUGCGGUAUUUACAGAGUACCAUUGAUUUACGCGCUCUUGUUCAGUUGGCUGGAAAAAAAAAGCUCACAGAGCUGCAGAAUAUCCUGGAAACUGGGAGCUAUCGGCCUGCCGUUUUUGAGCAAAUAGUGAAACCAAUGGCUUGGGCGCUACAGGAUCACAUGGUGGCAGAGUGACACACCUGUGUGGAGCAGUAAGGGCCUCGCAGUUGCGCCUGAGGCAGGUAGGGCUGAAGGUUUACGCCGAGGUAGGGCGCAGGUUACGGUGCGUGUGUGUACGCAAACGGCCCCCCUGCAGACACGGGUCCUCGCCAGCCAUGAAUCGGGAAGAUCACUUUUAUCCCUCUCAGGUUUUUAAAGACUCCUGCACGUACCAGAGAUCACAGGGUGAUGACUACAGCCACAGCAGCCCGCCACCCUGCCUCUACAUGAGCAGGCAGGUCCACUCCGUCUACACACCGCCGUCCAUGGGAGCCUUGGAGCAGGCCGGCCUUCCUGACAUUGCUACCACUUACAGUUUGCCGAGUAUGCGGGAGGAACCUGGCGUACCCCAGCUCCUCCACCACCACCAGCACCAGCAGCAACAGCAGACGCUCCAGCCGCCUCCAGGCUACAGUGACCCUGUGGAACAGAGCAGAUAUCACCUGCCAUUCCCCUGGAUGAAAACCACUAAAUCCCACUCACACACCUGGAAAGGACAGUGGGCAGGGUCAUACGUGAUGACUGAGAAUGAAGAAAACAAACGCACGAGGACUGCGUACACGCGCGCCCAGCUGCUGGAGCUCGAGAAGGAGUUCCUUUUCAACCGCUACAUCUCGAGGCCGAGGCGCGUGGAGCUGGCGCUGACCCUCAGCCUCACCGAGCGCCACAUCAAGAUCUGGUUCCAGAACAGGCGCAUGAAGUGGAAGAAGGAGGAGGACCGGAGGAGGGCGAGGGGGGCCGACCCCGACCAGGACUCCUCCAUCACCUCUGGAGACCAGGGGGAGGCCGCUGGAGGGGUUUCCUCCUCAAACGGACCACACCCCACCACACCCCCCGUGUCCCCUCUGCACGGUCUGUCUGCCUCCGGCUCCAGAGAGAGCGCAUAGAUCCAGCGGAUAUAUUUUUAAGACUUUAAGAUUUUUAAGACUCAGACCUGAACUCAUAUUUAAGGGAUCAUUUUAACUUUGACUGAAACUCAAAUCCAAGUUUUAGGAAACAUGUACAUAUAUUUUUUUUCUGAAAAGAUUGAUGGUAUUUAGGGGUGGGGGGAUAUUUCUGUAAAGUGCUCGUUUACAGGGACCCUUCAGAAAUUUCUCUUGGACCACCAUAAGCCCCCUGACUGGAGUCCACAGUCUGUUGAUUCAGGACUUAUUUACUGACGUUUCUUCAUCGCCAAACAUCCUCUGAGAUAGGUUCAACACCAGAUGGCACGCGGAGACAACAAAUUCACGAACUCCUUUCCCGACAGCGGACCACAGACAUGAUUAUCAGUGCUGUUGUUUUCCAUACAUCAGUGUACACUUGUAUAUACACUAAGCUGUAUUAUGGAGAUUGUUAAUUAGAAUCAAUGAUCCACAUGUUUUAUUGAUUGAGAUUUUAUGGAUACAUUCAGAACUGAAAUAUACCACAACCUUUGA